AUGCAAUCUGGCCGAGAAGAUGCACAACGACCGAUUGAAUAUGUAUCGUUUGGUGGAAUCGAGGAUGGCGUUGAUAGCGCCGAUUUAUGUGAGAUAUUGGGUGCAGGUACAGCAGCUGUGGUGGAUUCGAAAGCUGGAGGCGCGCAGAAGAAAGCGUUGACGGGUUUCAGUUCAACUUCAGUGAUGCCGCACGCUGGUUUCAUCUUCUAUCAUCCAAUCGCACAGGGCGUUCCACCGAAUCUCAGGUAA